GGGGACGGCGCGGGCGCGACUGCGGCGGCUCGGGAGGGCGGGGGGCGGCGGCGCCAGCGGACACCGGAGCGGGCAGGAGCAGCGGCCGCGGCGCCGCAGGGACCAGCGGGCCCAGGCUCGGUCUGGGGUUCUUGCAGCUGGCACCAGCCCUCCCGGCCCCGGCCACCCACCCGCCGCGGGGAAGAUGCCGGAACAGAGUAACGAUUACCGCGUGGUGGUGUUCGGGGCGGGCGGCGUAGGCAAGAGCUCGCUGGUGCUGCGCUUCGUGAAGGGCACGUUCCGCGACACCUACAUCCCCACCAUCGAGGACACCUACCGGCAGGUGAUCAGCUGCGACAAGAGCGUGUGCACGCUGCAGAUCACAGACACCACCGGCAGCCACCAGUUCCCGGCCAUGCAGCGCCUGUCCAUCUCCAAGGGCCACGCCUUCAUCCUGGUGUUCUCCGUCACCAGCAAGCAGUCGCUGGAGGAGUUGGGGCCCAUCUACAAGCUCAUCGUGCAGAUCAAGGGCAGCGUGGAGGACAUCCCCGUGAUGCUCGUGGGCAACAAGUGCGACGAGACGCAGCGGGAGGUGGACACGCGCGAGGCGCAGGCGGUGGCCCAGGAGUGGAAGUGCGCUUUCAUGGAGACCUCGGCCAAGAUGAACUACAACGUCAAGGAGCUCUUCCAGGAGCUGCUGACGCUGGAGACGCGCCGCAACAUGAGCCUCAACAUCGACGGCAAGCGCUCCGGGAAGCAGAAGAGGACAGACCGCGUCAAGGGCAAAUGCACCCUCAUGUGAGCCCGGAAUGCCCGCCUGCCCGCCGCCCACCCCCACUGGCCCCCGCUGCCUCCCCCAGCACCGACACCCUCCUCGGCCUCCUCCUCUUCUCUCAUCCUUCCUCCGACACCUCGGCUGGGGAAACCGAGGCCACCCCCCCUCCGCUGCCCCUGCCCACCCCGAGGCAGGGCUGGGGCUUUUCUUCCUCCCCUGCUCUCUCUCCACCCUCCUGUUCUGUCUGUACCCUCCAAAACCAAGAGCCGGAGGUGGCCCCCUUGUCCUGCAGAUGGGAAAACAGGAUGGGGAGCUGGCAAGAGGAGCUGCUUGUUCCCACCAGGACCAGAGGAGGCUGCGUUUCCCCAUCUCCAUCUCUUUCCCUGGGGUGUCCCCAGCCAGACCUGUGCAUCCUGUCCCUCACAUUUGAUCACUGUGACCUUCCGGGGGAGGGGGGAGUUGAAAAUGCACAUCAGCCUCAGAUAUUUUUUUCUUUUUUCUCCUAUUUGGUGUUAACAUACACCCAAGCCCACCCGGCCCCUCGUGACCUCUGAUCUGUGCCCACUCCUCCGGUCCCAGAACGCACCUCUCUCCUCUGUCUUCACAGCGGGGCGUGGGGCCCAUGGGAUGGGCCUCAGACCACCAGGCAAUAACCACAGGGCCUGCAGCAGUGCCCCUGCCAGCCCCGAAUCCCACCCCCGGGACCAGCCACAUCCACAGCACAACUGCCCUGCCGGAGAGGCACCAUGGGCGUGGAGGGGCUUCCCGGACACCGCCCACCCGGGACCCGCCUCUUCCACCAAGACAGAGACGUUAGCAACGCAUGGUGGGUGGGGACCUGGGGUGCUCAGGAGGGGGUGCCCGGGCCCCGGCCAGAGAUACAUCAAUUACACCCCCGUGGGGGGACAGCCGAUGGGAGCCAGCACCAGCAGGAUCCGAGGGCACGCCGGACAGAGGUCUGCCCCACCCACUUCCUCCCCACCACCUGUGCCCCAGAGAGCAGGGCCUGCCCGGGAAGGUGGCGUCCUGGAGUCGAGUGUACCUGCAGCCAUGAGGUUCUGGGUGUUUUUUGAGACAGUCUGAGUGACACCACACUCAUGUGACCCCACAGGGUUGUGUCCAACAUACACGGAAGUGACUAUGGAACGGUGUAUUUGUGCAACCUGGGGUGCGCGGAUGGGUGACUUGUAUCUAAGUGCAUCUGCGUGUAUACCUGUGUGUGUCUGUCUGGGAUGAUAUGUUUUUGUGGCAGUCUGUGUGUGUGAGAGUGGUGUAGGGUAUACAGAGAGGUGGGUAGUUGUAGAUACCUGUGUGUGGUUGUCAACAAGACUGGAUAUGUGUGAUGUGUCUGUGUGAAUCUUUGUGCCUGUAUGAGCAUGACUAUAUUUUGGGGAGUGGGUGGUAUGGUUUAUCUGAGAGCAUUUAUCUGUAAAUAUGUUUGUCCUGAUUGAGGGACACAAUCUGUGUUCCACUCUAUAGCAACAUGACUCUAGCAAUGUGAGUUUCAGUCCCAAAUCUGUAUCAGUCAGCUACUGCUGUGUAACAAAUGACCACAAAUGUAGCAACCAGAAACAACACACGCUUAUUAUCUCAUAGAUUCUGUGGGUCAAGAGCCUGGGUGCAGGUUGGCUGGGUCCUCUACUUGGGAUCUCAGGAGGCUGCAAUCAAAGCAUUGGCCAGGCAGAGGUCUCAUCUGAAGGCCUGAUUGGGGAAGGAUUUGCUUCUUAGAAGCUCAUGUGGUUGUUGCAGCAUUCAGUUCCUUGCUCUUGCAAGACUGAAGGCCUCAGUUCCUCGCUGGCUGUUGGCUGGAAGCUGCCCUUUGUUCUGUACCAUGUGGGUCUCUCCACAGUGGGGCUCAGAGCACAGCAGCUAAGUUAGUGAGGGAAGGUGAGAUGGAGGUUUUGGUCUUAUUGGGUGUGAGGAAGCAACGUGUGUGUGUGUGUGUGUGUGUGUGUGCGUGCUUUUGUGCAGUGAGAGAGAGAGAGAGAUUGCACGCAUGUGUCUCUGUAGUCAUGUGGCCAGGUGGGACUAUGUAGGUAACAGAUUGCUCGUGUCUGAUUUGGUACAAGCAUGUUUGUUUUCCUCUGUGUUCAUGUGAGUGUUUACUCAACAAAUGUUUACUGGACACACUCAGAGAGAGGGAGUGUGCAUACGUACGUGUGUGUUGCUAUCCAGCAUGUGGACUGGGCUCCCAGAAGAGCUGGCAUUGUGUCUGAGCAGAGCUGGGUCCCCCCAAAACUUGGGCUGGCCCAGGGCCUACCAGCAGCUGAUGUUGCCUCCUCUCCUGUCCUGGCAGUAGCUUCUGGGUUCUGAAGGUGCCGGAGAGAGUGAGGCUGGGCAGGGGUCUGCGGCCCUUUCUCAGGGACACACCCUGAUAGCACAAUCUCCUUGGGGCCCUGCCCACCUCCAGGCCUCUCCCACCCCAGGCCCUGCCCGACCCUGGGGAGAGAGGGGAUCUGCAAUAGGAGGGGGCCCGAGCCUGCCCUGGCUGCUGGCCCAUCCUGCCUGGGCAUCCCUGGUGCCGGGGACUGUGCCAGGCCAUGCUUGCUGUGACUCCGCCCCCGCCCCCUCUCCCCCCGCAUGUGGGUGCCCCCACUCCCCCAUCGUGGGGUCUGUGUAGCCUUCGCUCUAGACAUAGUCUUCCUGCAAUAAAAAAGUGGAUCCUGCAUCCCCACCA